CAUAAGUUCUAAAGGCUUGCAUCAAACUUACCGAACGUUUGUUUUAUAUUUUUUUGCAUCUUAUCAUGGCGGAGAUAAAAGAUUCAAGCUGGCAAACUCAAUUUUAUACACUUAGAGAGCGAGUUGAAUAUGCAUUCAACAAUUCGCUGUUCUGUGAUAUCGAGUUUAUUGUUGAAGACUCGAACAACAAAGUUGCACUUUCAGCAAACAAAUUCAUUUUGUCUGUAAGCAGCCCCGUCUUUGAGACGAUGUUUCAAGGGAAACUAGCAGAACAAGGACCGCAAAUUCACCUACCCGACUGCACCAAAGAUGGACUAAAAGAAAUGCUUCGCUUUUUGCAUUCCGAUGUAGUUAACCUGACUGGAAGCAACGUCAUGGAAGUACUUUAUCUUGCCGAUAAGUACAUGCUGCCAUUGCUUCAAGACAAAUGCUAUGAAUAUCUUGCUGACAAUCUCACUCCAGAUGAUGUAUUCACUGUUCUUCCCCAAGCUCAGCAAUCGAACGACACCAGAGCAGAAGAAUUAUGCUGGAAUGUUGUCGACUUUCAAACACACCAAGCCGUGACCUCAAAAGCUUUCUUGAAUAUCUCGCGUGACUUGUUGAGACAAGUUCUUGAGAGAGAUACACUUCACACAGAUGAAGUAAAUCUAUUUAAAGCUGUGGAUUCGUGGGCAUCUAAUAGAAUAGAGGAAGAAAGCAAGAAAGAAAAUGGCGAUGCAAAGAGAAGUGUACUUGGUGAUGACAUAGUUCAUCUCAUUAGAUUCCCCAUGAUGACACCGAAGGAGUUUGCAGAUGACGUCCUCGUCUCCGACAUUCUUCGCGGAAGUGAAGUAACCGAAGUUGUUCAAAUCUUCACAUCGACAGCGCCUUCGCAGACUUCAUUCAAAAGGGUUAAACGAAUUGGUCAAUGGAAUGAGAUGUGGACGGAGAAUCGAUUUGAUGCCGUUGAUACAAAGUAUUGUGGGGGUCAACAAAAUCACACUAUACUGUUUGAAGUUAACAAACCGAUCUUCCUCGCAGGAAUUCGAUUAUUUGCUGUUCAAAGUGAGUCGUGCACAAAGCUGGAGAGUAAACUGUCAGUGCAAAACGUUAAAUGCAAAUCUAAGCUAUUUCAAACAGACGUUUCGUCGAACGUUAAGCAGACCAUUGAUGGAUUACAGUACAGUGGACAAUCCGUAACAAUAUCGCCUCCCAUUCUUUUGCUUUCUAAAGAAAAGUACUCGAUCACUUAUUCAGCAAAUGUUUCCUUUGAGCAAGCGUGCCGUAAAGCGGACAAAAGAAGUAUCAUUCGACGUGAACCAGCCCCUCUUUUUGGCCAAUCUGCAAACCUAAGAGAGCCUUUGAAGCAGCCGAGUUCUCCUCAGACAGUGUCAAACUUUACGUCUUAUCUGGGUAGUGGUGGCAAAAGUGUAGUUCACUGCGAUGAUAUCAAAAUAACAUUUAUGAAUUCUGAAGAAUCCAAUCCUGGUACCACUACUGAAUACGGACAGUUCCCUUCGCUUCUUCUUAAACGGAGAAUACUAUUGAAAAAAGAUCCAGUGCCUCUACUUCAAUUUGGAAAGAGCAGUAAAGGUGGUUUCGAUUUUUGGAGCGGGAAGAGUAGUGCUAGUGAUCUGUUUGGAGGAACCAGCAACACUUGUUUAGAUCCCCAGAGCUCGGCUUCACCGGUUGUCUCUGAGGAAGGGGACUAGGAAGCUCCAAUCUCAAAUUUAAAUUUCUAGUUUUGCAUCGUUUGAUUGCAAUUGAUCUAUAUCUUAAAAAAAGACUUUUCAGUUCGCAGUCCUAUUACCGAGUUAUAACUUAAAGUAAAAGUUAACGUACAAUGACCGUUAGAGGUACACAUGCUUGAACAACAAUCCACUUUUAUCUUAAUUUCAUUUAUUCAGACCGGAACUGAUUCAUGACGCGUGUGUGCAACCUGUUUCCGUAAGCUUUCCGCAAUAAUUUUGCGGAUACAAUAACUCCAGGCUCCGUACACAACGCCCAUACGCAUAAUGAAACAGGUGGUCCAUUGUAAGUUAACAUCGAUCUAGAGAGAUUUGUAGAGCUCCUACUGUAGUUGAUGACCACGAAAUUGAAUAAAGUUUGUUAAAUCACGGAUUGGCCGAUUCA